GCUGUGCCGUUUCCUUCGAAGCGCGGAAAGAUGGCCUCUUGCAGGAAAUCCUGCGUUCCCAGGCGGAGAUCGUGUGCCUGCAGGAGGUGGACCAUUUUCAGGAUUUCUUCCGACCGGAGCUCGAACGACAUGGCUACGAGGGAUACUUCGUACCUAAGACGAAGAACCCAAAGGGGUCUGUCGGAGUGACUGAAGGUCAGGCCAUCUUCGUGCGAAGCGAUCGCCUUCACGUGGAGAAAGCGAUGUGCUGGACAAGUAUCGAUCUCACGCAGCAGAGGUUUCGAAAGCUCGCCUCCUCCUGGAUGAAGCAGACGUACACCGGUGCCCAUCGUCUUGAGCGGGUCUUCGGUACAGCAGAGGCCCUCCAAGUGGUUCCGCAGGUGGUUCUUGGACUAUUCCUUCGGCCUCCGGGAAAGGCUGCGCCCUUCCUCGUCACCAACAUGCAUCUAAAAAGCCGGGUGCAGGAGAAGCUGUUACCUGCGGGUAUGGACUACACCGCCUUCAAACACUUUCAGCUGGAGCACUUCUUGCUUGCCGCACGGUCAGCUGCAGAGCAGUACGCCCCGGGAACCUCCGUGCUCUGCUGUGGCGACAUGAACCUCUGUUUGCUAGGA